UGACGAUCGCUGAGUUACAGAAACUUGAAGGGUUUUCACCUCAAAGACUGAGAGAAGGAGUGAUUGUCUGCCUCUGCAGUAAACGUCCGUCUGCGUAUGGUUGCAGUGGUUCACUGACUGCUGAUUAGGGACCGGACCAACUCCAGAAUCUUCAGCUGGCAUCAUGGGAUCCUUAUUGGACGAUUUGGAAAGUCUGGUUGAAGAGAACGCUCUUUCAACUUUUACUGCAAAAGGAGGAGAAAGAGGAACCGUCAAGCCCAAAGCAGCCUUUGAUGCAGACAAGGAUGCCAAAGCUCUGAUAAAGGCCAUGAAAGGACUCGGUACGAACGAGAAGAUGCUGACGGACGUCCUGGCCGACAGAAGCAGCGCUCAGCGGCAGCUCAUCUGCACGGCGUAUCAGAAGGCCACGGGCAGAACGUUACUAAAGGACCUGAAAGACGAGACAAGUGGAGACUUCAGAAACCUGCUGGUGGCUCUGGUGACCCCCCCUGCAGAGUACGACUGCCAUGAAGUGAUGAGAGCCAUCAAAGGAGUUGGAACAGAAAGAAACACCUUGGUGGAAAUCUUUUCCUCCCGGACUAACCAGGAAAUCAAGGCUCUCAGUGAGGCCUUCUUCAAAGAAACUCAGAAGCAGUUGAUUAGUAAGCUGGAAAAGGAGCUUUCUGGGGACUUCUCCAAGGCUCUUCUCCUCCUGGCUCAGGGCAACCGGGAACCGGGCACCAAAGCAGAUGUGGAGAAGGCCAGGGAAGAUGCCAAGACUCUUUACAGUGCAGGGGAGAAGAAAUUGGGCACAGAUGAGGCCAAGUUCAUCGACAUCCUUUGCCGAAAAAGCAUCCCCCAUAUCAGACAGAUCCUCGUUGAAUACAAAAACAUCAGCGGGAAAACGCUGCAGCAAAGCAUCGAGGCAGAGAUGUCGGGGAGUCUGGAGAAGCUGCUGGUGGCCGUUGUGAAGUGUGCGGAGAACCUGCCAGCUUAUUUGGCUGAAUGUUUGCACGACAGCAUGAAGGGCGGUGGAACCGAUGAGUCCACUUUGACCCGCAUUAUGGUUAGCCGGUCGGAGAUUGAUUUGCUUGAUAUCAAAACAGAAUUCAAGAAACUCUACAACUACUCUCUGCACUCUGCACUCCAGUCAGAGGUUUCUGGCGACUACGGUGACUGUCUGAAGGCGAUCUGUGGAGGAGAUGACUAGGACAAAUGCCAUCCCUUCCUCAGACGAUGAAGAAACCAGCUUUUCCUGUUUCCCUUUGCUUCACGGAAGUGAUGCCUUUGUCGUGUUUUUCAUCUUCAAACUAUGAUUCAUGAGAUCCCAAAACAAACCAAAGUCACUUAAGAAGGAAAAAAAUCACGAGACCUCAGUUUUAUUUGAGUGUUGUGGACUUACAGUUUUUCUCAGUCGCUUUAGUACAAUUCUCAGAUCAGAAUGAAAUUCCCAAAACUAUUUGUUCAAUCUUCACAUCAUGAUGUCACUUGUGCACA